AUGGACUCCCUCGGCAACCUCGACCUUACCAAGCUCUCCGAUCGCGACAAGCAGGAGCUGCAGCAAUUCGUCGUCAACGAGUCGCAAAAGGCCAAGAUCCAAGGAUCAAUCCACAGCCUCACCGACGUCUGCUUCCGCAAGUGUGUCACCAGCAAGAUCUCGUCGGGCAAGCUGGACAAAUACGAAGAGCCGUGCAUGUCGAACUGCGUCGACCGCUUCAUUGACGCCAACCACGUCGUGCUCAAGCAGCUUGAGACGUUGCGCACCUCUAGCUAA